UUUACCGUUAGCUGUUUGGGUCCUUCGCCGCACAGCAUUGUGGGAAUUCUUCCUUUGCAGCAAUGGCUUGGCUUGUAGUCAGAAUAGCAAUAUCUGUGUCUUUAUUUUUUACUGCAUCGGCAGUAUUUGAAGACCAAGUUGGAAAGUUUGAUUGGAGGCAACAGUUUAUUGGCAAGGUGCGUUUUGCCUUGUUUGAUACUCAUUCACAAGCGUCUAAAAAACUCUUGGUGGCGACAGACAAGAACGUGUUUGCUUCUCUCAAUUCCAGGACUGGCGAUUUGUUCUGGCGUCAUGUGGAUAAGACUGGACCAGAGGGCCAUAUUGAUUCACUUCUUAUGCAUGGACAAGAUGCUAUUGUAGUUGUUGGAGAUGGACGUCUGCUUCGUUCAUGGGAGACUACAGUUGGUGGCUUGAAAUGGGAGACUGUGCUUGAUACUGGGAGCUUUCAGGCCGCUGCCUUUGUUGGAGUUCAAGAUCUUGUCAAGUAUGUUGCCGUGCUUAAAAAAACAGCGAUCUCUUUCCAUGACCUCUCGAGCGGUGGCCAGAUAUGGGUGGAAAGUCUGCCUGACAGUGACUCUGUGCAGUACCAAACAGUUUAUUCUGGAGGUGAUGGACUGGUGUUUGUUUUGGGACUUGUCCCAAACUCCCAUAUUGUUAUCGUUGAGUACAAAAUUGAAGAUGGAGAAAUCAUGAAUAAGAAAACAGUUGAAGCUGCAUGGAUGUCAAGCCUGGAAAACAGCUGUACAAUUGUCAGCUCAGGGAUCCUCUUGUGUGUGGAUCAAAUCACACAGUCUCUGUAUACACUACCAAUGCAGUCUGCUGAACAGACAGAACUGAGACAGAUACACCUUCAGACUCUGGAUUUGGAGGUGGCUUCUGGAUUUCAGCCUGUUUUGACAUCCACCCAGCCGAACCCAGCUCAGCCUCCGCUGGCUGAGUUCUUCCUGCAGCUCAGUCCAGAUCAUCACAUUCUUCUGCAGCUCAAUGACGGCCUCAUCGCUCCGCUACGAGAUUUCAAUCCGUCAAAUCUGGUCGCUUUUGCCACAACCGGAGAGAAGACGGUUGCUGCAGUGAUGUCACCAAAGAAUGACACUGUGAGUUACCAUUCAAACACUUUACACCGAUCUGUUUGUCAUACACAAGUUUUUAAUACUCAAACUACUGUUUGUGUUUUAUUUAAGGCUUGCAGCAUCAACUUAUUCAGUGCUGACACAGGCAGAAGGCACCUAGACACCACCAUCAUCUAUCAAUUGGACCCUAAUGGAGGAAAGCCAAACAAAUUAUACGUCCAUGCUUUUCUGAAGAAAGAUGACUCUGUGGGCUACAGAGUCAUGGUGCAGACAGAAGACCUCACGCUCACGUUUUUACAGCAACCUGGCAGGGUGGUCUGGAUGAGGGAGGAGGCCUUGGCUGAUGUGGUCACCAUGGAGAUGGUUGAUCUGCCACUCACAGGAACACAGGCCGAGCUGGAGGGAGAGUUUGGGAAGAAAGCCGAUGGGCUCUUACCCAUGGUCUUGAAGCGCCUCUCAUCCCAGUUCAUCCUGCUGCAGUCCUGGAUGGGCCAUCUUUGGAAACUUUUCUACGAUGCCCGCAAACCUCGCAGCAGUGUGAAGAAUGACGAGGUCACCAUAGAGACUCUGUCUCGGGAUGAGUUCAACCUGCAGAAAAUGAUGCUGAUGGUCACCGCCUCUGGAAAGCUUUUUGGCAUCGAUAGUAAAUCGGGAACUGUUUUGUGGAGGCACUAUUUACAAAACAUCCAGCCCAACUCGGUUUUUAAACUGAUGGUCCAAAGGACGACUGCUCACUUUCCUCAUCCUCCACAGUGCACACUUCUUAUUAAGGAUAAGGACACGGGUCUUGCAAGCCUCCAUGUCUUCAAUCCAAUUUUUGGCAAGAAGAGUCAUAGUAGUGUUCCAGCCUUACCCAGACCAAUCCUUCAGUCUCUGCUGCUGCCUAUCAUAGAUCAGGACUACGCUAAAGUCCUGCUGCUUGUUGAUGAUCAGUAUAAGGUCACUGCUUUUCCAUCUACUAAAAAUGUCCUCCAGCAGCUUCAGGACACAGCGUCCUCUAUAUUUUUCUACCUAGUGGACACCAGCCAGGGCAAGCUGUCGGGUUUCCGUCUGCGCAAGGAUUUAUCUACAGAGCUGAUCUGGGAGGUGGUCAUACCCACUGAGGUCCAAAAGAUUGUGGCUGUCAAAGGAAAGCGUGCCAAUGAACACGUUCAUUCCCAGGGCAGAGUGAUGGGUGAUCGUAGUGUGCUGUACAAGUACCUGAACCCUAAUCUCUUGGCUGUGGUGACGGAGAGCACAGACACCCAUCAGGAGCGUAGCUUCGUUGGAAUCUUCCUGAUUGACGGCGUGACCGGCCGUAUUGUGCACGAGGCAGUGCAGAGGAAAGCCAGAGGACCUGUUCACUUUGUGCACUCAGAAAACUGGGUGGUGUAUGUGUACUGGAACUCCAAGUUUCGUAGAAAUGAAUUUUCUGUAUUGGAGCUCUUCGAGGGAGCCGAGCUUUAUAACAGCACAGUGUUUAGCUCUCUGGACAGACCACAUCCACCUCAGGUUCUCCAGCAGUCGUACAUCUUUCCUGCUCCCAUAAGCACCCUGGAAGCCACGCUUACAGAGAAAGGCAUCACCAGCCGCCAUCUUUUGGUGGGGCUGCCAUCAGGCAACAUUUUAUCCCUACCAAAGAUGUUCCUGGACCCACGGAGACCAGAGAUGGUCUCUGAACAGAGUCGGGAGGAAAAUCUCAUACCGUAUGCUCCAGAAAUGCCUAUUCGUACAGAAUGGUUUAUAAACUACAACCAAACUAUAUCGAGAGUAAAAGGUAUCUACACUGCCCCCUCUGGAUUGGAGUCUACCUGUUUGGUGGUUGCAUACGGUCUUGACCUCUACCAGACCAGAGUGUAUCCCUCCAAGCAGUUUGACGUUCUUAAGGACGAUUAUGACUAUGUACUGAUCAGCAGUGUACUCUUUGGGCUCUUCUUUGCUACCAUGAUCAGUAAACGGCUAGCAGAAGUGAAACUGCUCAACAGGGCAUGGCGAUAAGACACAUCCUAUUGGCCUAUUGACUUCGCUCUCGUCCUCGCUGCAAUGUGGUUUGACACAUUGAUGACAGGAGACAAGCUGGUGACCACGUCAAGACCGCAAGAUCGUUUGAUAAGUUUGGUGUAUUUUUUAAAGCCAGCUGUCUCGGGGUUAUUGCGGUUGUUUGAGUGUAAGUGCAUAGACGGCCACGAUAGUUUUUCCCUAUUCAGAGAGACGUAAUGAUGUAGGUCAUUUUUCCCACUUAACAUUGAACAGUUCAUUGUCUAAUUUGUUAUUUAUUGAGCCUUUUGGGGUAACACAAAUUAAGUAGAUUUGCCAACUAUAACAUGAUUAGAAACAAAAUCUCAUCUCAUAUUUAUUGGAUGUCCCUCUGUAUCCCUGUUUUACCUGUUUUACAUUUCAUGCUGAGACGAGUCUGCUUAUUGGGAGCUUGAUGGAUGGAUUACGUGUAUUUUCAGAAUAAAUAUUGAUGACGUAACUGCAAAGGGACAUCAUCCAAUGAUAUGAUUGGAUUUUUGAAUAUAAUUUUGAGUUAUUAUUUAUAUCUGAACUUAGGAAAUGUAUUAACUAUGUGUAGGAUUAAUGCAAUUGCAGGGAUUUUAAUGGGCAAGCACUAGUGCACAUAAGAACUGUGAAAUUUCAGAAGACGUUUGGAUUUUUUUUUCUCCUAUAAAUUAAUGAUAGAAGGAUUUGCAUUGAUUAAUCUAAAGCAUUUUGGUAGUCUUUUGUAGUUAUUGUAUUUGUCACAUGCACUGGAUGGUUCGAAGCUGAUUUUCUUAAAGUAUUAAUGAGCGAGAUGAUCCUAAUAUGCCAUAUCAUACUUUGAUUUUGUCUUGUUCAUGUUACAAACCCUUUGCGAUGUUACUAAUGUCAGAUAUUUUCUCUUUUUGUUUGCUUUUCUUAAAUUACAGGCCCGUUUAUAUGCUUUAACAAAUUUGAAAGGAUCCCCUUGCUGCAAAUUGAAUAAUGAUGUCAGAUAGUAAGAUUUUAAUAAUUGUAUCACCAGAGUAGACAAUUAAAUUACUAUCAAAUCUGUUUCUUAAACAUGCAUUAAUUUAUUUCUUUUUCCCUGUUAUUGAUAAUAAAAGUUGGCUAAUUCUUAA